UUCAUCUCCAGUUGUUGUUACACCACCACAACCUUGCACCAUCGCAUCGUCAACGCCAAGAUUGAACCCCCUUUCCGCCCCUCACUUGCUCUCUCAACAAACACCAAAGACAGCCAUCUUCAUAGACAGCAUCAUGUCUUUGGCCGUCUCGGCUCCCGGCAAGGUCCUCCUUGCAGGUGGAUAUCUAGUCCUCGACCGCAACUACACGGGCCUUGUCUUUGGUCUCAGCGCCCGCAUCAACGUCAUCUCCCGGGACAUCCAGGCCAGCCCCGGGGUUCACAUUAACGAGAUCAUUGUCAGGAGCCCUCAGUUCCUGAAAGCCGAAUGGCGCUACGGCUACCACCUGGCCGAUGAAGACGGCGGCAUCAAGACGAUCCAGCUGCAAGGAGGCGCUUCUGCCUCGGCCAAGGGCAACCCCUUCGUCGAGACUACGCUCAACUAUGCGCUCACCUACAUCACCCGCCGGGCCGCCUACGGGACUACGCAAACCCUGAAGCCGGUUACCCUCACCAUCCUCGCCGAUAACGACUAUUACAGCUCGCCCACCAAAAACAGCAACGCCGCCGGAAAAGGCAGCGGUGGCAGCCGCUUCGCCGCCUACUCCACCACCCUGGAAGACGCGCACAAGACGGGCCUCGGCUCCUCCGCCGCCCUCGUCACCGCCCUGACCGCCUCCCUGCUUUCUCACUACCUAGACCCUUCCCUCUUCGACCUCGCGACCGACGAGGGCAAGCGCAUCCUGCACAAUCUCGCGCAAGCAGCUCACUGCGCCGCGCAGGGUAAAGUCGGCAGCGGGUUUGAUGUGGCUGCCGCCGUCUACGGAUCCAGCCACUACCGCCGCUUUUCGCCUUCCAUUUUGUCGUCUCUGCCCGAGGCGGGCAAGCCUGGGUUUUCCGCCAAGCUGUUCAGCGUUGUGAAUGGUAAGGAUGCUGAGUCUCAAUGGGACACCGAGGUUGUGAAAGAUGCUGUAAGCCUGCCCAAGGGCGUGGCGGUGCGCAUGUGCGAUGUCGACUGCGGCAGCCAGACGGUCGGCAUGGUCAAGCAGGUGCUUGCGUGGCGGGCGGCUCAGCCCAAGGAGGCCAAGGAGCUCUGGGAUGAGUUACAGCGCAGGAACGAGAAGUUGGCCAGCGUGUUGAAGGAGGGCAAGACGGAGGAGAUCAGGCCGGCGGUGCACGCUAUUCGCGAGCUGGUGAGGAAGAUGGGCACGGAAAGCGGGGUACCGAUCGAGCCGGAUAGUCAGAAGGAGUUGUUGGAUGCGCUGGAGGAAGGGGUGGAAGGUGUCUAUGGGGGUGUGGUACCGGGUGCGGGAGGGUAUGAUGCCCUGGCUUUGCUGGUAAGGGAUGAUGAGGAAACAACGAAGAGGCUGAAGGAGUUUUUGAGCGGGUGGAGCAAGAAGAAGGGAGGCAAGGUUAGGUUGAUGGAAGUGAGUGGGGAGAUGGAGGGCGCGAGGAAGGAGAAUCUGUUGAAGUAUCAGGGGUGGGUUUAGAAAUUUUUAUUUCUUUUACGAUGAAAGCUUGAGCAUGUGAGCGGGAGAGCGGGUGCUACAGUGUUGGGUAGAUACCUCCUCUGGCGAAUUG